AUGUCAGUGGAAGAACUAAUUGACGAGGUAAAUGCGAUUAAAGCUAUAUACCCAGAAUCUGUAAACCAGGAAGCUCCGCAAAUUUACAGGUAUGUCGUACCCAACCAUGAACUGAUUGAGAUCCAGCUCCAUUUUCCACUUAGUUAUCCUAAUCAAAGUCCUGAAUUACUUUCAAUUGCAAAUAAAGAUCAGUUAAGAUACACCGACACCGUAUAUUUGGUAAAAUUGGUCACUUCUUUGAUAGUUAAAACCUUUGUCCCUGGUCAAGUCAUUAUGUACGAAUUAUUGACUCACUUACUGGAAAUUCUUGACGAAUAUCUCGCGCAUCGUAAACCGCCGACCAACAAGGAAGCAGAGGUGCAACCAGAGUCGCACUUAGAAGAUUCGCCUGCUGAGAAUGAAUCGUCGCUUGCAGAACAAACUGGGCAGGCGGGAGAUAUAACAAUUAAUUGGGUAAAUUCGGACGUUAUAACUGAUCGCCGCUCUACGUUUAUUGCUCAUGCAUUGGAAGUUCACAGUUUAGAGGAGGCAAAACUGAGUAUAGAGUGCCUACUACUGGAUAAGAAAGUUGCAAAAGCUGCACACAAUAUAUCAAGCUGGAGGAUCAAAAAAGACAACAUAAUCUAUCAAGAUUGUGAUGACGACGGUGAAACAGCCGCCGGAGGAAGAUUGCUACAUUUACUUCAGAUGAUGGAUGCGUGGAAUGUGGUUGUAGUUGUCAGUCGAUACUUUGGUGGUAUUCAUUUAGGGCCCGACAGAUUUAAGCACAUCAAUUCUGUUGCAAGAGAUGUCAUAACGAAAGGCGGAUUCAUCCAAGAAGCCAACAAAGAGAAGGAGGCAGGUCGUAGCUCUAAAAGAAAAUAG